AACGGAUUUUAUACAUAAACACGAAUUUUGUUGUGAGCAUACCCCGUUCUGUGCUUAUGUUAAAAUGGUGAAGAAAUUCGUAAUACCCUUAAUAAAAGAUGAACUCUUGACAUCUCAUGCUGACCAGUAUUCUGUCAAGGAGAUAACUCCUAUACGAAUGAUAUCACAAAAUUUGGAUGGUACACGAUCAGCAUUAGAAGAACAAGGUGCACGUUUUAUUUUAAAUCAUUUCGACACAUUCUUCUCUGUUGUUGUCCAUGGCAGUAAAGUGGAGAUUGAAGUCUGCAUACGUUCCUUUAAUAGAAUUCACAAAGCUGUGGAGAUACUUGUGGAUGAAUUGGAAAAAAUAUUUGAUCGUGACAAUGAUAUUACUGAGGAAAACAGAGAAGAAUAUUUGUGUAUUAACAAAAUGCUGGCAUAUUUAUUCUCAUGGUUUGUUUGUCAUAUAAAUAAUUAUAUCGUGAAAGAUGCGAAUGAGAGUAAUACUGGAAAGAAUAAAAAAAAUGUCAGGACGAAGGAUGAAAUGGAAUGGGAGAAAAAUAGAUCUAAAGCUCUGGAUCUUCUAUAUCGGUGGUUGCAGAUUCCACUGUAUAAGAUCUGGAGUCCACCAAUUGUCGAGAAUUCUUUUGUUACGAUUUUGGCACAAGUAUGCUACAAGAUAUUGGAGGGGACCAAAGACCCGAAGCAAAAGUACAUCAGAGAAACUAUAUUUGAGAUUCUGGGAACUUUAGUAAAGAAAUACAAUCAUGGGAUAACAUGUGUUGUGAGAAUUAUUCAGCUGGUGAAACUGUACGACACACUGGUGAUUCACAUAGCAGCUGGCGUGGUUCAUAUGGUCACGAAAUGCAACUGCAACGGUCUGAUCAAGGAGAUGAUGAACGAGAUCAGGCAGAACGAUGUGGGCGAGUCGGACAGCCGCAACAUAUCCAUGUUCCUUGAGAAUAUCGCAAUCUCGCAACCCGAUCUCAUAAUCCCCAUCCUUGACGAAAUCAUGGAGUACCUGUCGAACGACCACUAUACCAUGAGAAACUGCGUGAUCGCAACUUUGGGCGCUGUCGUGCAAAAAGCGUUGACUAGCGAAAAUCUCACGGAAGAGCAAAAGCAACAGCGCGACGACUGCCUGAACUACCUCGAGGAACACAUACUAGACUGUAAUGCUUACGUGAGAUCGAAGGUGCUGCAGAUCUGGCAGCGUCUGUGCUGCGAAGGAGCGGUGCCGUUGGCGAGAUACGGAAGUCUUCUGGCCGCGACCGCGCUACGCCUGGAGGAUAAGAGCGCCAACGUUCGUCGUCAGGCUUUGCAAUUGCUGCGCACCCUGUUGCAGAGCAAUCCCUUUGCUGGCAAGCUGAAUUGCACCGAACUCUCCAGUUCGUUGGAGAAUGAGCGAGCAAAAUUGCAGAAGUUGAAAACUCAAGUCGCGAGCGUCAGUGGACGCGGUCACGCCCAACGAUUUGAACUCUGGACCGCUUUGUUGCCGGAUAUAAAAGCUGCGAUAGGAAACGUCUUAAAGGACGACGAAGCAGAUGACGAUGUGAACGUUGAGGAGGACGAGAAUAUCGAUCCGGAUCAGGUAUUUGAACAUGUGAGACAGCUGCUGUUGAAUCGAGAAGUCACCGAGGCGGUGACGUACCUGUGGAAGAUAUGCACAAAGUUGAAGGAAGCGCCGGACAUGGAGAAUCUUUCGAUCGAGGCGAAGGAGGAGUGUCUAUUCGCCUUUUUGCUGAAGAUCUUCAUAGAUUCGGAGGGUAGAUCGAUGAAUAACGACGAGAACGCUACUGACGUAGAGAAGUCGGAGAAAGAUGAGCUGGUCAAGCAGAUGGUCAAGCGGAAAUAUGUUGUAAACUAUUUGAAGAAUUGUCUCCGCUUUGCCACCGAGUUGGAAGAGACGAUACCCAUGGCAGAGAAGUUGUUGUUCUCCACGUGCGCGGGUGACGCCGUUGAAUCGUGCACGUUCUUGGGCACAGCCUACCAGUUCGGAGUAACCGGAACGGCCAAGUGCGUGCGCAACGCCCUGUUCCAGGUGUUCCACCGCGAUCAAUCGGUGCGCAACAACAUCGCCAUGGUGUACAAGCAGAUUUAUCUGGAUGUCGACGCGAACGACAAACGUUCGGACCGUCAGAUAGCCGUUACCUGCGCAAAUCGUCUCAUCGGCUUAUUGAAGGACUUGCAGCCUGGACAGAGUCCAGCUCUCGCCCAGCUCGUUGCAACAUGGCACGAGAGCGGUGAAUUGAACAGCGAACUGUUGCAGAUGUUGUGGGAGAAAUUCUCCUUGAAGUAUUCCGGCACGUCGCAGAUCGACAGCAGAGCGGCGCUAAUGAUAAUAACUAUGAUAGGUCAAGCGGAGACUAACGUAGCCAUCGACAAUUUGGAGGUGUUGGUAAAGGUGGGACUGGGCGCGCGCGCGAAGGAAGACCUUCUUUUGGCGCGGGAUACGUGCAGGAUGUUGCUGCAGAUAAGGCAGACCAGCAAGGACGUCGACAAGGCACCAUUGAGGUACUCCAAUGAUCACGAUAUGUUCCGAGAGAUCCUGAUACUGUUGACGGACAACUUUCCCAGCACGAGUGAGAAGGCUUACAUCUCUUUCACGACGGAUGCGAUCAAUGCGAUAUAUCACUUGGCAGAUCAGCCGCACGAGUUGAUGAAGAAGUUACUGCUAGACAUCUGCGAGAAGGGUCAGAUCGUGGACAAAGAGAAGAUUCAGGACAUCAAAGUGUCGUAUAUCGUGCUCACGCAACUGCUGUACGUAAUCGGACAUGUUGCCAUUAGAGAGAUGGUGCACUUGGAUACGUUCGUCUACAAUGAGCAGAAGCGUAGAAAUGUGCUGCGAGAGCUGCAAGGCAGCAACGGCAACAAGCAGAGGAGGAAGGACAUGUCCCUCCCGUCGUUCACCGAAAACAAGUCCGCGCGACAUGUCUCUAAGAACACGAGUAUGGCAAGCGUCGCGCACGAGGACAACGGCGAAGAAUCUCUGGAAGGGGCGGUGGACGAUGCCGAGGCGGAGUUCAUAAAUAACGCACUCGAGAACGAAAUUCUCAUCGGGAACGGCUUGCUCGCGAGAUUCGUUCCGUUGGUGUUGAAUGUGUGUAAGCAUCCUGAGAAGUACGACAACGAGAACCUGCAGGCUGCGGGCUCGCUCGCGCUUAGCAAAAUGAUGACGGUGAGUUCGGAGUUUUGCGAACAGAACCUGCAAUUGCUGGUCACGAUAUUGGAACGGUCGCAGUAUCCCGGUGUCCGGUCGAACAUGCUGAUCGGAUUGAGCGAUCUCGCGACCAGAUUCCCUAAUCAAGUGGAGCCGUGGUCGAAACACAUCUAUGGCAGACUCCGAGACGCGGACACGAGCGUACGCAGAACUUGCGUCCGUAUGCUGUCGAAUCUUAUAAUGAGGGAGAUGAUACGCGUGAAGGGCCAAGUUUCGGAGUUGGCCCUGUGCAUCAUGGACGAGGACGAGCAGAUACGACAGGACACGAAAGAAUUCUUCAACCAACUCGCCCAGAAAGGCAACGCUCUUUACAAUGUCGUACCCGAUAUAUUGUCGCGAUUGGCGGAUUCUGAGUUGAAUCUCGAGGAGAAACAGUUCCAAGAAACCAUCAAAUACAUCCUCAGUCUCUUGCAGAAAGAGAAGCACGUCGACACUAUAAUCGAGAAGAUUUGCGCUAGAUUCAAAUUAGCCGUCACGGAGAGGCAGUGGCGCGAUCUCUCCUAUUGCCUUUCGCUCCUGCAGUUCAGCGGAAGAAGUGUACGUCGUCUUAUCGAGAAUCUGCCGUUGUUGAAAGACAAGAUCCACUAUAAGCCGGUACUUUCGGCCCUGGAGAAUAUCAUCGAACAAGUGAAGAAGCGAGCGGACACAAAGGCCGUCGGCACGGAGCUGGAGGAAAAGUUGCAGGAGCUCCUAGAGAGCGACGCGAACUCGGAAAUGACAGACAACCGUCUGAUGCCACCUCCGUCAAAUGUGCCGAAGAUCAGGAGGAAUACACGACGAACUAGACGCAAGAGUACGAGCGACGAAGAAGAGAACAGCUCUGACGGCGAAGAGAACGCGGAUAAUCCGCCCGUCAUAAAACCUCCGGAAACUGCCGGAGAAACAACCGCAACGAAUAGCAGAAGAAUGUCCCGUAAAAAAUCAUUAGCGAAAGACAACGACAGCGACAGUGACGACGAUGAUAACGAUAACGAGAAAAACGAUGCUCCAGUUACUACUUCUACGCUUGUGACAAGCGGCAAAAGGCGCUCACAAAAAACAUCUACGAGCACGGCAGUCAGCAGCAGCAUGUCGCCGUGCCCGAAGCGCAACAAAACCGACAAAUCGCCGCGGAAGACUGCAGUCAGAAGCUCGGCUCGACUGUCUCGAGGACGUAACUCAAAGAAAUAACAUUCUCAGUUUCUUCGGAAAUGUAAGACGAGUCGUUUGAACAACAUAAUUUCAAUUCAAGUCACACAUUCACUCUCUCUUUCAAUAUUGACUACAGGCGCUUGCAAAUUCCCCGAUGCUAUAGUUGAGAGAUAAUCAGAUAUAAAAAUAUCAAGGUGAAAGUGAGAUAAAGUGAAAACAGGGACAACGCGUAGUGUAGUAGUAGUAGUAAUAGUACGUAGUUCCAGCUAUCAAAAAUUAUGCUUCGUAUGUAGUUUCGUCAUUACGAGAACCACAUCCAACGCAGUCACGAAGGUCAACAAAAGAUUCUCAAGUCACUCUCUAAGAAUGUUAUUAUUUUCAAUUGUACACUCGAUAGUAUCGCAUUGUCGUAGAGUACGUAAGCCAACGUAUUAAAAUUAUUGAGACACGA